GAUCCCUUGUACAAGGCUCCUGGGCUUUGUAUAUUGAGCCUGGCUCGAUCCGAGCCCUGACGUGUGGGCUCAGUACAUUGAGGGUGCGUGUGGCUCACCCAGGGGACAGGGACUCGGGGACUGAGUGGAAAGCACACGUCUGCCCACGUGGAAGGCCCGGGACGAUAAAGGCAGUGGCAGGCGGCCGGCACCCAUCAGCGAGGCAGGGCCUCCGACCUCGGGCUGCCGCUGGGACUGAGCGCCUAGUGCAGGCACUGGGGAAUGGAAGUUACGGAGACCUUGCCCUGGAGAGGCCAGUGCUCCGAGUUACGGUAGGCAGCUGACCCUGCAGUGUCACUCAAGUAGAAACACCGUGAGACGAAGGCGUGGUCAGGCGCGUCUUCCUCACUUUGCCAUUUUAAUACACGCCCUUCCCCGAGGAGGGAAUCAACCAAGGCCCAGUCUAGAACUGUGCCAUGGCUGAGACUGGGGAAGAGGAGACAGCAUCGGCAGAAGCCUCAGGGUUCUCAGACUUGAGUGACUCGGAGUUGGUGGAGUUCCUGGACCUGGAAGAUGCCAAGGAACCAACGGUCCCACCUAGCAAGCCUGGUCCUUCUUCUGAACUCCCUGGAAAGGAUGACAAACCUGUAAGCUUGCAGACCGGGAAAAAUGGACUGGAUGUCCUGUCACCCAUGGAGAGAUUCCAGCUGAAAUACUUAUAUGUCACUGACCUGUGUGCUCAGAACUGGUGUGAAUUGCAGGUGGUGUACGGAAAAGAACUUCCUGCUUUCUCGACACCUGAGAAGGCAGCUGUUUUGGACACUGGUGCUAGCAUCCACCUAGCAAAAGAGCUAGAACUUCAUGAUCUUGUGACUGUCCCCAUCACCACUAAAGAAGACGCUUGGGCAGUCAAGUUUCUGAACAUACUCUCAAUGGUUCCUACCCUCCAGUCAGAAGGGCGCAUCAGAGAGUUUCCCGUGUUUGGGGAAGUGGAGGGAGUAUUUCUUGUUGGAGUGAUUGAUGAGUUGCACUACACAGCCAAGGGGGAACUAGAGCUCAUCGAACUCAAGACACGAAGACGCCCAGUUCUCCCUCUGCCAGCUCAGAAAAAGAAAGACUAUUUUCAAGUUAGUCUAUACAAAUAUAUCUUUGAUGCCAUGGUACAAGGAAAAGUGAUUCCUGCAAGCCUAAUCCACCAUACAAAAUUGUGUCUGGACACGCCACUGGGGCUUUCAGUGCUGAGGCAUGCCCGCCAAGGAGGCUUCUCUGUGAAAUCUUUGAGUGACCUCAUGGAACUGGUUUUCUUGUCUCUUACACUGUCUGAUCUCCCAGCUAUCGAUACGCUAAAACUCGAGUAUGUCCAUCAAGAGACUGCUGCUGUAUUGGGCACAGAGACUGUAGCCUUUGACGAGAAGGAAGUGAAAGGCCAGGUGCAGCAUUAUGUGGCCUACUGGAUGGGCCGCCGAGCUCCUCAAGGUGUUGAUGUGGAAGAGGCAUGGAAGUGUCGGACCUGUGACUAUGCUGACAUCUGUGAGUGGAGGAGGGGCCGUGAAGUGCUCAGUUCUUCACUGGAGCCCAAAGCCAAGAAGUUGAAAUGAAUGGAAGUUAUGUUUCCAGAAAUGUUGAUCGUUUCUGCUCUUAAUACUCCUGUGUGAAAGGGUCGGUCUCUCAGUUGGAUUUUGUGGAUAAGGUUUUUAUUUUUCUGUCCCCGACCUUUAAUAACAUUCCAAUCCGGGGCCAAAAUCAGGAAUGAAUAGGUUAUGGUUAUGGCUCUGAAAUGAACUGCAGAGAAGACAGAUGUGUGUCAUGUCUGCAGCAAGGAUGUUCCUCACUGAUCACUGUUUUCUCAAGAAAAUUACUUGGGUUCUGACGUUUUUUAUUUUUUUCUUGAUGCAUUUUUUUUUUUACAUUUUUCAUAAU